AUGCAGAGACUAUCUUGCACAGGAUUGGUAAGUGUUUGCCAGAAACCAAUCUGACUACAGUAUUGCCUAGUAAUUUAAGUUUUUGUUAACACUCUGCAGGCCUGAUGCUGGUACUUCAUACUGGCAUCUUGAAGAUGGGAAUAUUUCAACCCUGACCUUGGGGAGGACUGACAGGGAAAUCCUACGCCACCAUUAGGUAACAGUACUACACCCAAAUAGCUCCAAUGCUACAUAUCAGCCCAGCUUGUGACAUAAAGAGCAACCCCUUCAUUUUACAAAGUCUUGCUGUCAUCCAAUCGUGCUUGCUAAAUAUAUAUAUUGAGAGCUGCUUACGCAUUAGUUACUCCCAAGUAUUGCUUACAGACGUAGACUUUGCACAGGCAAGUAUAUUUGGAACACAUUUAUGCAAAACAUAAUAGGUUGAAAAUAAACAUGCAUGCAUUUGGAUAAUACCUAUGCAUUAAAUAGUAAUAUAUGGAAUUGUCAUUGUUAACUCUUUCUUUUACAUUGUUCAAUUAAACUGUUCUUUUUUAAGAAAUAAAAAAAAAUGCACAGACUGGAAGACCCAGGAAAGAUGCAAAGAAUUAUAGAAUGGUAGAGUGGGAAGGGGUCCUGAGGCUCAUCUAGUCCAACCCCUACAAGGCAGGAAUCACAGGUCGGAAAGAAUCCUCAAAUUGUGGAAUUGGAAGGGCUCCCAAAGGGUCAUCUAGCCCAACCCACUGUGUGGGGAUCUGGCUGACCGUGCUGGACUCAGAGGGGCCGCUGUGGGCUGACCCACACAGCCCACAAUACAAAAAAUGGAAAUUUGAAAGAGCUUUAGAAGUUAAAAAGGAAACUGUAAUUUUCCUUACAGUCUCCAUGCUGUCACUCAAGCUGUUUACAGAAUUACAAUCACAUCGACAGUCUUUAAGGCCUCGUAAUGGCCACUUACCCAGUCCUGUGUGGGUGGCAGUUGCAGCCCAUCACAACGGGGCCGGAUCCCUGGGGGCAACGCUGCAGAGGCGGCCGGCAGUUGGGUGAGAAUUCUCCAUGGCGACUGAGCAGAAUGUUGGGUGUCCCCAGCAGCCUUGGUUUAAAUUCUGGCCAUUCUGGCCAGGCCAGGCGGACGGGGCUUGAGAGCAGACCUGAGUGGAGCGGUCUUCCCUCUGGUCCACCCCAUGGCCGUAAAAGGCCAGCUGCCCCGAUCCUUGGGACUACAAGGCAGCUGAAGAGUUGGCGUUGAGAAAGAGGAGUUGGAGCUGUGCGGCAGUUGGCGGCAGAGAGCGCAGGUGACCCAUUUUGUCAAUCAUUUUUGCCUUCAGGUAACACAAGGGGGGGAUCACCCCCUGGAAUUAGGCGGGGAAUGUGUGGGUGGGGGAGAGAGAGACUCAUCUGGAGAGUGGUUCCUGGAAAAGGGCUUCAGAAAAGACUCUAGCAAUCACCGUUUUCUUGCCCUAGAAACCACGUGGCUGCCUUUUUGGGACUGGCAGUUGUCCCUCCGGUUGCCAUUUUGCACUUCUUCAGGUGUGUUUGUGGGGGGGUGUCACUGUUACAGUGGCGCACCCCCUUCCUCUCCUCUCCACAAUUGUGAGCAGGUGGUCCUUCACCUUAUCUGCACUUAUCCCCUGCCUGCCCUUAAAAACCAGUCUUUGAAGCCAUGCACGUUAGCAAAGCCCGCCAGUGUGCCUUAAGCAAUUAUAAGUUCCUUUCCUUCUGGCAACGUGUCAGGGAGGGGGGGCCGUUAUUUUCAAUUUCACAAAGGACUUAGUGCAUAGAGAUUUGUUUAAGGGGAAGCAUUUUACAUGAAACGGCUCUCAAUUCGUUUCAUGUCUGGCAAUAUGUCCACAGGGGAUGCUAUGCUGAACUGCUCGUGUGACCUAAGGCACAAUAAAUUUGUUAGAAUAACUUUUGCCUGAACUUAAAAUCCAAGGACUACACUUGGAAUAAAUCUGCAGGACAAGCUGUGAUUUUGAUGCAAAACUGACGAAAAGCUUCACUUUAUAGAUACACACAUAAUAAAAUAUAUAAGUAAUUUUCUAAAAAAUUGCUUUACAGUCAAGACAGACACACACAGACUCUGCCUCAUCCCUCUGUCCUGCCAGAUUAUGCCUCCAAAAAAGGUCGCUAAUCAGCAGACCAAACAGAACCAAAAAGUGCUUUCUUUAAAAAAUCAAACUGAAAAUACAAUUAAAACUAGCAUAUUCAUUGCAGUAGCUCAUUAAGUGGGGGGAGGGGGAAUAUUUAAUGUUUAAUGAAGCAGUCGAGUGGCCUUGAGGGCUGAGCCGAAUGGCUGGAUGGACUAGCAGACAUGGGAACUAACAUCUUGCAGUGCAGCUGAGAAGUUGCUACCCAGCCUCCUCAACGGAGCUCAGAACACAAAGUGACUUGCACACAGUGACUUGCGAUCUCGAUCACACGCAGUCUGUAGUCCGCUGGCAGUAGGAGUACAAUAUGGACAUGUCUUUAAGUUAACAUCUUACAUUAAAAACCUGACAGUACCAAACUAUCAGAGGCUUUUCACCAAAGCCAGACUAAACGUCUUUCCUUCUGCAGUGUUGGAUGGCAGGUUGAAAGGAGUUCCCUAUCAGGACAGACUUUACUCGUGUGCUCAAGACAUCGAUUCCAUAAAACAUAUUUUGUUGCACUGUGCAAAAUAUGAGCAAGCCAGGACUGAACUGAUACUACCCUUGCUGGUACCUUUCCCGGGAAAAUCAGAGGCUCACUAUGUCAGGUUCCUAUUGGAAGACCGGACAAAUGCUAGAACAUUAGCAGUGGCAAAGUUUUUGUCGGUGGUUGCAAGAACCAAUGAUCCCUAUAUUCUGAACAAAAUGCUUGUUUAACCUGGAGGUAGACUGUCUGACUUGUGCAUUGCUUUGUAACCAUUUGUUGGGUCUUUGGACCGUAAUAAAGAUUGUUGUUGUUGUUUACACUCCAGCACAGCUGGCUGGGAACUUCUGUUUGUGCAUAGCUUUUGCUUUAUGCGGUCUUGCUUUGGACACGAAGGAGAUCAGACAUGUUUCCUUUUGUCCUGAUCUACGCCCAAUAAACUGCUUGUAAAUAUGCCCACACAGCCUCUCCUGCCACUUCUGUUGUGCAUUUACUCUGCUGAGUAGCGUGCCCUAGCUUCUGAAGCUCACAGAUUCAUGCUGUCCGAAGACUGGAGUUCGCCCGGCACACUGGCCGGUGGGCUGGAGUCAGCUGGGGCCCUGCCAAUUGCCCCCGUUUCCUUGGUUGCAUGCCAACAAAAACUAGUUUCUCAUUUCACUUGCCAACAUACCGUGCCUUGCGAAUUCUCCAUUUUCUUUGGGCCUAACAUUCAUACUAUGCAUUCGUGACCCAACUAAGAUCAUUUCUAAUAACCUCCAAGAUUAAAACUGAAGCCACAAGACGAUUAACACCAUACAAAAAAACAGAAGUAGAAGAAAAUAUAGCAACGAAAGGAUGAAUAUCAUCCCUGUAUAAAUCAACUAUAGAGGCACAUUUCCCUCCCCAGAAUAAUUUGAGGGAAUGGUGGGGAUCAAAUAGAGAUUUAGAAAUUAAGAGGCAUGGAAUGGACCGUGGAUCAAAGCCCAGUAUAAAUCCAUUGUGGCAAUGACAAGAGAAAGAGGCCUCAAAAUCGCACAUGGCUGGUCUUUAACACCUAGACAUCUAGCUUAUAUAAAACCCAACAGCUCUGCUAUGUGUUGGAGAGGGUGUCCCACUAUUGGGACAUAUGCUAGUGGCCAAAAUUGUGGAAACCUUUUGGGGAAAGUGUAUUUCCGAGGUUUGAUGGCUCAUAACACCACUUCUUUUUGGAGUAAUACCAUAAAAUUAUGUAUCAGUGGAAAGAUGAUUUAAUGAUGGAGUAAAUAUAGAGGAAAUUUGGAACCAACGAUACCUUUGUGGACAUCUCCAGCAGAAGCCAAUAGCAGUUAAAAGGAAAAACAUGGAGUGGCCCACCUACCAGAUAUUACUAGAAUCAGACAAAGAUAAGCCAACUUUAAAAAAAUACGAUGAAAUUAGAUCCCACCUGUCUGAUUGGAUGCAAUAUUUCCAACUAAAUCAAAAAUUGUGUACAGACAAGAAGGUCUUGCCAAAGAAACGUCCAUCAUUGAAAGAGAAUUAAUAUAUAAUAAGACAAAGUAUAUAUAUGAAGAAUGUAUGAGUUUCUUUUAGAGUGGGAAGUGAAAGAGGAGCAGGUAAAAACAUCAAUGAUAAGGUGGGCGAAGACUUCGGAUAUACUAUCUAUAUGGAGCAGUGGGAAAGACUGUGGCAGCAAGAUCUCAAAUUUACAGCAUGUUACAACUUGAGGGAAAAUACCAUGAAGAUGCUUUACAGAUGGCAUCACACCCUGUCAAAACUCGCUAAAAUGUACAAAGAUAGUUCACCAACAUGUUGGCGAUGCAAAAAUGAGAUGGGGUCUUACUAUUACAUGUGGUGGACCUGCAAAAUUAUAAGCCAAUUUAAGAAAUUAUUUAAAAUUUAACGUCAAAAAAGGCCAGAGAUUUUCCUAUUAGAAAUAUUGCCAAUAGAAAUUAAGCAAAACACAAGACCACUGUUUAUGUACGCAAUCACGGCUGCAAUAAUACUUGUAGCCAUAAGUUGGAAAUGUGAAACAACACCAACAAUAACAGACUGGCAAACACUCAUGAUAGAGUAUUUCCAAUUAGCAAAGCUGACCAGAAAAGUCAGGGGAGCCCUAAAUCAAGAAGUAUACGGAGAAUGGAAAUUAUUUAAGGAAUAUAUAAUACUAUAUUGCAAAAAUGAUAUCAUCCUAGCAGAAUUGAAUGAUACUUGUGUACAAUAAAUAAAUGGAAUAAACAUCUUAGAGGAAUAUAUGGAAAAAGUUGCAAAAUAAACUGUGCGAUAAAAUCAAGACAAUAGAAAAAGUAUAAUGAGAACGACGAAGUUUUUCAUAGAAGACUGUAUUGGAUAAGACAUGAUGCUGUAUAAAUAUUUGGUUUUUUUAAUUGACAUUUUCUUGUUACUGGUAAACUUUUUUGUGCUUAAUUCUGUUGUACUUACCUUUAUUGUACAAUUGUAUUUUAAAUUAAUAAAGAUGUUAUUUUUUUAAAAAAAAGGAAAGAUGAUUUAAUGAAGAAUGUAAUGCAACCAAGUUGGUUCAAUUACCUGUAUUCUAUCAAACGUUGUAGCCAAAUAACCAGAAAAAGAAAGCACAACUUGCUUAAGUUGAUACGCAGUAGCUUUCCUUCAUUUGAAUGUAGCCAAUGAGCAUGAGUGUCUAGAGCAGAGGUCAGCAAGGUUUACCUUGCCUGCAUUGGUUCACUCCAGCAGAGACCUCUCUGUGGGCCUGACUGUGUGCGUGCAUCAGUGCGCUUGCCCACGAUUUCCAGUGGCUGCGUCGACACAUUUUUCAGCGCCUGUGCAUCAUGCGAUUUUCAGCGCCGUGGAAGCGAGUCCCCAUGCCACGCUGGUCUAGUGCAGCACACGGGGAGUCGCCGAGAGGGCAGCUCAGUUUGGGGGCGGCUCGUGGGGCGGUUAAAUGACCCCCCCGGGCGCUUGUGGCCCAUGGGCCUUUGGCUCUCCAGACCAGGUGUAGUCUUCUAUUGUCUAUUGCCUACUUGAGAUGUGGAUUCAGCCGAGAACUUUACGAACUGCCUUAACUUUUGUGUUCUCGUUUUGUAAGUACGUUUAGCUAGCGAUGCUUCACAAUGUUGUUGUUUUUUCUGUCUGAACCAUAUAAGAGAUGUGCCUACUUUUAAGUAUGUUUAAUCUUGUUUUUUAAAUAAAUUUUAAAAAGAGGAUUUUCCUAUUUGUUCUGUGUGCCUUUCUGGGGAAAGCCUGAAUCUAAAGUCUGACCACUUAGCCUCCUACUGAAUCUGUUGAAUUCCUGCCUGUAAUUUGUGGAACCUGUUGAAUUUCUGCCUGCAUUUUGUGGAAGCAAUUGCAGGGUGGUAAUCAGGAAGAGUAACCUUCUCCCUUGGGUUAAUCUUCUGGGCUAUCCUUGGGGAAGGGAGUUGUGGCAGCAACUACCACUUUUGUUGUGUUUUGUCCUGAAAAAUGUAAAUGUUGUGGCACCACCUUCCCUCUUUUAGCCUGGUCCCACUGGAUUGUAGGAUGGGGCGUGUGUCCCAACAUUACUACACCAGGGGUAGGCAACCUAUCUGCGUCAUCUUGUUUGGGCAAUGAUUUAAACAGGUCACAGUAGGAUUCAGCUAUUGAUGUUAAGUAUUGGAGUUGAGAGGAGGACAUUUGUCAGUGAGCUAUGUGACUGCUAUCAAGUUGGUUGAUCUUUUUAGUGUUCUUUCAUUUAGUGAGCUUGUAAAACAUAGUAAAAUUAAAGAAAUGGCACAAAAAGUUGACUGGUCACCCAGAAAGUGAUGUAAAAUAGUACUAUUAAGUAAACAAGGCUACAGUUAUGAAGAAAUUAGAAGAAAAGCUGGUGGAAACUUAACCAAAGGUGGCUUUUCUGAAUUUUUGAAGAGGUAUAAGGAGACUCAGUCACUACAAAAUCAGAACAGUAAAGGCAGGAAAAGGUGCACAACAGCAAGUGAUGAUAUAAGAAUUGAGAGACUCUGCCUGGGUGAGCUGCUAGUUCUGUUUUUCUGCUUCAACAAUAUUUCAUUAUGCUCCUAUCAUUUUAUGUAAUUGUAUUUUAAAUAAAGUAUAAAAAUUAUAAAUAAAGCAUGUUCUAUUUGAAAACAAACGAUUGAAAUAGAUACCUUUCUACCAGUAGGACGUAGUCAAGAUUUUUGUUGAGGGGGGCAGAACCUCAGAUUUUUAUUGAUUUUUACUUAUAGGUGUGAUGGAAAAGUUUGUUUACUGACCAAGUUGAGUCACUGCCCCCCCCCCCAAGCUGCCAGCAAACAGUCAAAUAGCAGCAGCUCCUGAUUGAACAAAGUUCCAAGGGAGGCAGUUGGAGUAAAGGGAGAGCCUGUGAGUUGGAUUGUGUCUGGAGAGCUGAGGACAGCCAAGAACUCCCAGGAGAUGCUCUAAGGCAGGGAUCAGCAAACUUUGUUAAUUUUGGCCCUGCUGGACUACACAAAAACCUUCAAAGCUCUGCCCAGAAUUGAGAUACGUCAGCGAGGAUCAUGUUUCUUUUACCGGGUUGUGAGAGACAUCUUCUAGUCCACAACCCCCCCAAAACACAACAGGAUCAAGCUUCUGCAAUGGAUGCCUCAGCUUUGCAUCCUACUACAUCUCAGCUAAUCAAAGCCUAGAUGUUCCCAACAGGAAAUAAACGCUCAUUUAAGAAGAGUUUGUAAUCCUUGUCAGAAUACAUACUUUGGAAUGGAUUAGUUCUUGUCACUAUUGUCUAAAGAUUGUGAGUAGGGACCACUCCCACUAUUGAAACUUACAUUGGCCUGAGUUCUUGGUGUGCUUUUUUCUAAGGCAGGGGUCAGCAAACUUUGUCAAUUUUGGUGCUGCUGGACUACACAAAAGCCUUCAAAGCUCAGCCCAGAAUUGAGAUACAUCAGUGAGAAUCAUGUUUCUUUUACCGGGUUGUCAGAGACAUCUUCUAGUCCCCAGCCCCCCAAAACACAACAGGAUCAAGCUUCUGCAAUGGAUGUGUCAGUUUUGCAUCCUACUACAUCACAGGCAGCCUCAGCUAAUCAAAUCCUAGAUGUUCCCAAACAGGAAAUAAGCGUUCAUUUGACAAGAGGACCGAUACCUAUUGUCAGAAUUUCCGCCCUCCCUUCCCCACAGGUGGGCAGGGUUUGCGGCACCGAGCGGGGCUCACCUGGGCAGGUGCCUCCCACCCGCUUGGGCCGGCCUUUGAUCCACCCUCUGGCCAGGGAGGACAAUGGACGGCUGGCCAGGGGCGGGGCUAAGGCCAAAGAAAAGAGGCUGACCCCUGUGAUGUUAGCAUAUGAGAGUGCUGGAGGUGAAAUAGGUAAACAGGUUACCCAAUCAGGACCCAGGGGGUGGAGUCAGAGGGACUAUAAAACCAGCUCUGGGAGGAGCAAUGGGGGGAGUUUGUUGGGAGUUGGGUGGUUGGUUGGAGUGGGAGUGAAUUGGGAUAGUUUGUGGGGAGGUUGAGUUAGUGUAGCGAAAUAAGCUGAGUCAGGAGCAGUUAGGGGCUAGGAAGACAAGUAAAUAUCUGAGAGGUGGUGUGCCGUUUGCCUCCUAGGUGGGUCAUAAGGAAAGGGUUAAAUGAGUGUGAAGUGUCUGGCCAGUGGGAACCCAAGGGGAGGAGUUGGAGUUGGAGUUGUGUGGAAGUCAGUUGAGAGUUGGGAGUUGGAGAAGGAAGAGGGAGGAUAAGUCUGUGGGUUGGUCGAGUUGUGUUGUGAGGGGGAGAGAGAAACUGAUAGGAGUCAGACAGUUAGCAGUUAUUAGGAAAGGUAUAAGCCGGUACAGAAACUAAGAUUAAGAAACUGACAAGAAAAAUUAUCUGAAACCAUAAACUUGUUAAGGCUUAUAAAAUAUACUUGCUUAUUUGAUUUAAUAUUAACAACUGUCUCGACUCUUGUGUGUAUCCAAGAGAAACAGGUUGGUGGCAGCGGGAAAGCAAUCACAGUGGUGGCACAGGGUCAAUAGACCGUCAAACGUCCAGGGGCCCUGUGUGAUCACCACAGGUGGUUUAGUGAGAGAGCAGGUAGCGGAAGUUAUAGGUCUGGAUAGGCACCCCAUGAUUUUAAAUGACCGAUACCGUUUAUGAAACCGCACGCUUCUUAAACUGCAAUAAACAAAGAGAAGUUUAUGUUCCAAUUUAGCACUGUCCUGACUCAGUAUUGUACCAGGUAGGGCCCGGGUGGGGGCAGCGAGAAAUCAAGUGGUGGCACAGGGAUCAGUAGACAGUGAAACGUCCGGGGACCCUGUGUGAUCGCCACAACCCCUUUAUCCAAGCCUCUUUUGGUUUUCUUCCUUCCAGGAUCAUCAGGAGCGUGUCCAGGCGGCCAGAUUAAGGUAAGUUCUGGCCUGAUUGGAAGAGGCAUCGCCCCUCUGCCAUGACAAUAAAUCAUCUUAAAAUACAUCUAACCUCCCGUCAUCUCCAUACUUCAUUUGGGAUUAACUAACUUGUUGCUUAAACCUAUCAAAUUCUUUCAUAAUAAAGUAUUAUUUCUCCUGUGUCCAUAUUCCUUACUUAUUACAGCUCUGUUUCAAAAAGUGAGAAAUGCCCGACUGACUUCAGGGGCAUCCACUCUGAAGGAGAGAGAGACAUUUCUUUCCUUCUGUUCUUUCCCAUGGUUUCAUUCAUUGAGCCAAAACCAGCCUUCCAAACUAGGCGGCGGAGGGGAUUCACAGUCAAAAGAACCCAUAGAUUGCAUCAAAUUAAACAAAGAUUCCCAAAGAUGGAGGGGAACCAGCCCCUAAAGUCUGAUACUCUGUAUACGUAAGGGAUGCGUUUAAGGGCCGUAAGCAGGUUUGAAACCCGAAUUGCAAUAUCCAAUUGUAAUAGUCGCAGAAAGGGACUGGGAAAGCCACUUCCGGCCUGCCCAGGAGGUGGGGUUGCGGGCUUCACGCCCACCCCACGUGAGCGGGGGCUGGUUUCAGCCCCCACGAGAACAGGGGAAUCCUGGCCGGGUCUGCCCCGCCCGGCCAAUUGGCUGGCGGGGGGCGUGGCCUGGGCUAUUUAGGGCCGGCGCAGAGGGGGCUCGCCCUCCGCCGGCUAGCCCUCACGUUUUACAGUUUGUAUCCUGGCAGGUUAGUUCGUGGUAUUUUCUGGCUUACCUUGUUCUUUUAGGUUUAAUUUUUCAGGGUUGCCGUUGCAUUGAGAGCCUCCUCCAGAGUGCCUUCUUGGGGGCUUCUUACAUCGCGUGCAAGCACCCGCAACAGUGUUACAGUGAGCUCCUUUGCCCGGCACGUCGCUACAUCCCGCAGGAACCGCAUCAGCUCUCCGAUUCGCUUCUGGUGGAUUAUACUCUCCGCUUUGGUCACCUCGUGGCUGAGGGGCCCCAGCAGACGCGGCCAGCCGGUUACUCCCUGA